CCGCGCCUGUUCCAUGCCGCUACCAUCUUGCCCUCUACCAAUAUGUCGCCAGUUAGCUAUAGGGGUGUGUGACGUCACUUCCGCAACACUGGCUGCCAGUCACCUGAGCGAGGCGGCUGCUGCCCGGACAGGAUUUGGGGUAGUAGUAUAUCCUCCGCCGGGCGGGUCCUGGAGUCGGUCACUGAGACGGCGGAGCCCGGUGUUACUGGAUGUAGCGGAGGUAAAGCGCAUACAGUGUGAUAUUAGACCGGACCUAGCUCCGGCCUUCAAACCAUUCCACGGAGAUGCUACGUUGUUGAAAAGACGAUGUUUUGCUAGUCAGAUUGCAUCUUUUGGCACCACGUACUAGUUGAAGAGUGCAGAAAAGAUGGCAACCCCGUUUGUACCGGUUCCUCUCCCCAUGGGAAGUUCCUCUUCAACCAAUGUGGCAAGCAGAAGCCAAAGGAGGUGUUCCCUAGGCAGUACCUCAACUAGCUCAACUUCCUCAAAGGAUCCACAAGAGGAGCCCAAUCCUUCAAGCUACAAAAAGAUGAGCGUUCCUGACCAAGUGAGCUGCACCUCCUCUGCAUGUAGCAGCCCCCUCAUUAGGACUAAAUUUGAUUCUUCAGUGGAGUACAACACUCGACCUGGUACAAGUGACCACAUUGCUGAUGGAUCCGACCUGGAAGAGAGGCCCUCUACUCCAACCAUACUAGGAUAUGAAGUGAUGGAGGAAAGAGCAAAGUUUACGGUUUACAAGGUCUUAGUUAAAAAAAGCCCAGAGGAGAGUUGGGUUGUGUUCAGAAGGUAUACAGAUUUUUCAAGACUUAAUGACAAGCUGAAGGAAAUGUUUCCAGGAUUUAGACUGGCUCUUCCACCCAAACGCUGGUUUAAAGACAACUACAACUAUGACUUCCUAGAAGAACGGCAGUUGGGUUUACAAGCGUUUCUGCAGAACUUGGUGGCCCACAAGGACAUCGCAAAUUGUGCCGCUGUGAGACUUUUUCUUUGCUUGGACGAUCCACCUGGUCCUUUCGAUAGUUUAGAAGAAAGCAGAGCCUUUUGUGAAACUUUGGAAGAAACAAAUUACAGGCUCCAACGGGAUCUUUCAGAUAAACAGAAGGAGCUUGAAAUGUUAAAGAGAUUAUUAAAUGAGAAGCAGGUACAGAUACAGGCAUUGGAAACCCGGAUACAGGAAAUGUCAGGAGGACAGGGGAGCAGCCGUCGGCACUCGGCUGAGGAGAGCGAAUGCAGUGGAGAGGUGGAGUCCUCUGCCAUAGAAGCUGACCAGGCUGCCUCAACUGACAACUGUUCUUCUAAAGACAGUCAAGAGAACUGCUGGGAGCCCCUGCACGGGGAGGAACAUCUGCCGGAAAUUGAAGUAGCUGAGGUAGCAGAUCCUGAUGAAGGCGUCUAAUUUACCUGUGCAAAGAAUAAACUCAUUCUGCGGGUCUUUAAGUUCAUGGAACUGUUCCCGUGCAUUGAAGGCAGUGCUGGAAGUUUACAUGUUCGAGGAUUGGGAAAAUGAACCGCACUAACUGCUGCUUUGUGAUCAGACUUUAGUUAAAUCAACUAAAAGUCAAAUCUGAAAUCGGAGCUGAUUGACCCCGUUUGAAAUCACUACACACAGUGGUCUUAUGGCAAACAUAAAUUAUUUACCUGCCAACGUCUGUCUGAUUGCAUUCCAGUGGGAAUAUUUCAUGCACUUUUGAUUGUUUGUAGGAGUUAAUCUCAUUUUGUGCCACAAGAGCCUGCACCACAUUGCCAAGACAGUGUUUCUUUUUCUCCCUCGUGCACAAAGAUUCACUUGUUUGAAGCCAUAAUCGUUCCAAUUUAGUUAUUUUAAUAGACUGUAAGAUAGGGGAAGUGUGCAUUGUUCCAUGGUCAAACUUUGACCGCAUUUUCCACCCGACAAAUGCUUCUCAGAGCUAUGGGUAUGUCUUUGGAAGCUUUAUUUUAGGUGUACAUGAAGAUGAUAUUGAUAUAAAAUAUAUUUAUAUCAAUUCAGAACUACUGUGUUACAAUUAAAGCCUUUGGGAGGGUUUUUAGAUAUGGAUAAUAAAUUCUUUCCUGAACUUUUAAUUCUAGUGGUAUUUUGGCGGCAUACGUGCACCUACGACCCUUUUAUUGUUGUGUUUUUGUUCUGCUCCGCUUACAAAAGUACUUUUGAAUUAUUAAA